AUGCUGGCGUCGGUGGUGUUCCCGGGCUUCACGAUCAACCGUUGGGUGGCCUUCGUAGAGUACCUGCUUCAAGCCUCCGACCUGGAGUCGCAGCCCCGUGCUACAUGA